AUGUUGGGGUGGAGGAUCCAAGCAGACAUAGUGGAAAUAGACGUUGGACGAGUUUACAUCGACAUUGACGAGUUCUCUGUUCAUGAUAUUGAUGAAAUGAUGGACAUCCUUGGUUGGAUGGAGGAAGGUAAGCUAUUGUAUUAUCAAAUCAAAAGACCAUUAUCAGAUUUGGACACUAGUUUGUUUGCUUUGGCUUGUGAUAGUGAUAUUAAGCACUUUAGGAUAUAUGUGGAGAAACAUAAACUUAUUGAAGUUUAUACAGAGCAUGGUAAGACAAUGUUGAAGACAUAUUUAAUGUCCCCUAACCCUAGUAAAGUUAGGAUUGAGGAAAUUAUUGAACAUCCUGCAUGUUCUAAAAGGAUUUUCUUAGUAUGGAAGCCAUCAAUAACAGGGGAUUAUAGUGGUUCUACCAUACCAGAAGUUGAACAAUGUGGAAAUCCCCCAAAUGAGCCUCAAUUUCAAACACAAGGUUUUGAUCAAGACUUUGAUCAUUGUGAAAACCCUCCAAAUGACUUUGAUCAAGACUUUACUUCAUUUGUACAAGACUUUGAUCAACAUUUUACUGCAUUUAUACAAGAUGAGGUCAAUCAAAGUGAGGAUAUUGGAGUGCAUGGUGAUGAUUUGACUGUUACUGAAGAUAGUGAGUUCCUAUUAGACGAGGAUAACAUGAUUGAGGAGCCUGACAUAGAUAUGAAAGAAUUUUUCUUGAACAUUGACCAAAAUGCAGAAUGGAUGGGUGACAAUGGAGGGUCAAGUGUGAAAGUAGAAGAUGGUAAGGAAGAUGAAGAAAUCGAGGUGUUGGUGGGCAUGUUGAAGAAUGGAAGUGCACGUGGGUCCUACAUACAAGAAAGUGGAGUAAGGAUGCAUAUUGGGAGGGUCAUUGAAGAAGGGUUUUGCAGUUGGAAAAUGAGAUUAUGUUGGCUUGGAUGGGUCUUUUAUGAAUGGUCCUUAUCCAGGAAUAGUCCUCACUGCAGUGGGUCGAUGGAAAGAACUAUACUUAACCUCUGGCAUACGCUGUGGUAG